CGUGCUGCCCGCCCGGUUGGGAACCGAACCCGGGUUCUCUCGCUUGCACGGCGAGCGCACUAACUAACCACGAUACUACGGUGCACUACCGCACGUUUACGUACACCUUUCCUGCCACGAAGGACAAGAACCAACCGAUAAACCACCACACAAAGAGCAACACCGGACUGCGCUACUAACACGUCGCCUUUGCCACCUGGACCCCCCCCGAGAGCUGCGCAGAGCGAGGGAGCGAGAGAGGAGGAGAGCGAAGGAUGUCCGCCCGCAGACUGGCUCUGUGCCAUGUGCUGCUGGGCGCGGCCGCGUGCGUGGCCGCGGUGUGGAGCGGGGUAUUCGACGGGGUGCAGACCGAGCUGGGGCUGGAGAGCUACGCCGAGCGGCAGGUGGCCUGGAUGCCCAGGGGCUUGACCCUGCCCGGCAACGCCCUGGUCAAUCUGGGCUACGUGGCGCUGGGCUGGCACUGGCUGAGGCGGGGGGAGGAGGCCGCGGGCGGGAGGCACGGACGCUAUGUCAGCCACGUGUUCGGCUGGAUGGUCGCGGGCUACGGGCUGGUCCAGGCGGCCCGCAUCGCCAGCCAGAGGCACCCGGCGGCCGUGCUGGACCAGUGGUUCACUCUGCCCAUCUUCGCCUGGGUCCCGGUCUGGUGCCUGUUCCUGUUGCAGGGUUGGAGGCCGGGCCUGUGGCGGGCUAUAGAGGCUGCCUCGCUGGGCAGUUACCUGCUGGCCCUGGCUGUCCCCCAGGGGUUCGAGCUGGCCCUGGCCUGUCACGUGGCGCUGGCUAUCGUGGUGGGCGUGGGGGUGCAGUGGAGGGUGGGGGACGGUGUCUCCAGGCGAUGGCUGCUGUUAGCCAUCACGUCCUGCGCCGGCUUCGUCGGUCUCAAGCUCCUCGAUGCCUGGCUCGGCCAGUGGCAGCUCUUCCACAGGCUCUCUGGACACUUCUGGUCCAAGGUCUGUGACGUGCUCCAGAUCCACUUCUCCUUCCUCUUCCUCACCCACCUCACCCACCAAACCAUCAAGGGCAAGGGGGAGAAACAGCAGUGAGAGAGGGUGGGGGGGGGAAGAGAGCGAGGGGGUGUGAGACAAGGAG